CGAUGAUAUUGAUCAGUAAUGAUUUUACAACUUUUUUGAGCGUGUUCACGCGUUCAUGAAUGAUGAGGAAUGGGAUUACUUGGUGCUCUUGCGGCAGCGCAAGCAGUUUUGAAAAUCAGUUUCUCACAUUUACCUCACGCUUUAAGACGACGCUUCAAUCGCACAUGUCCCUUGAUUGAACAGCUGCCAAGGGUCAAAAGUCCCUUAAGGAUGUCGCGUGACCCACGACUGGGUUCGACACAAGCGUGGUGGACGAAUGAGCUAGCUUUUACAUUCCUCUUCUUUUUGAACCUUCUGAACUACAUUGACCGUGGCAUCAUCCCCGGGGCUGCAGAGGAGUUCAGUGACUUCGUUGCUCACUCUCUUGGUACUUCAAGCCCGGACUUGUUCGUAGGAUUGCUGCAAUCCGCAUUCAUUGUGGGCUUCUCUCUAGCGGCUAUUGUCUUCGGACAUGUAAUCCACUACGUGGCUCCUUUCAAGAUGGUUGGAGUCGGACUUGUGAUCUGGAUCAUCGCCACAGCUUUGAGCGGCUUGGCCCACCACGUUGCGUCCUACUAUCUGCUCUGCAUCGCGCGCAUGCUCAGCGGCGUGGGGGAGGCCGGUUUCCAGUGCGUGGCCCCGCCCUUUAUCCUGGACCUGGGCGGGGACAGCGGGGGUCGAUGGGUCGCCGUUUUCUACACAGCCAUCCCUUUGGGCACGGCGAUCGGCUAUCCUUGGGGCGCCUUAUUCGCGGGCUCUCCUUGGACAUGGGCCGGGGGCUUCUGGGUAGCGUCCUUUCUGAUGCUUCCGUUCGCUGUGACGUGUUUCCUGCUGCCUUUCACCUGGAGGCCCGAACGCGCGCCUAUCGAAGGGGAUGACGUCCGGACAGACGGCGACUUGAAAAUUGCUGCCAAGAAAGCAUCUAGAGACAAAAAUGGGACCGACAGCGCUGAACUUCACAGUGUGACAAGACAUGACGCUUUGUUGCGACACGAGCAGGAGGUUUCUGUUGCUGAUGCAGAAGCACAAUUUGAAGCCCGCCAUAUGUCGCUACUCAGAGAGGCCUGUGUGGUGCUGCGACGGCCAGUAUUUUUGCUGAAUGCUUUUGGUUACGCUGCUAACACGGGGAUGAUGAUUGGAGCAUCGACGUUUUCGAGUAAGAUAAUGCUGGAUUUUGGCUUUUUUUCCUCGGAAAGCAGUGCUUCCAGCGUUUUUGGAAUCGCUCUAUCGUUGGCUGGGCUCUUAGGUACGCCCUUAGGGGGGGUCCUUGUAGAUCGUCGACAUUUCCAUUCGGAAGAAGCAAAGCUGGUGUUUCUACUGCGUCAAAGUACGAUAUUUGCGACGCUGGGUUGUAUUUGUUCGUCCCUAAGCUGCUGGAUUUAUCAGCGCGAGGUCUUUCUCGUGUUUUUUGUGGCCGGCGCUCUACUCCUCUUUGUCUGCACAGCCUCAAUCAACAUGGUUACCAUGCUCUCUGUGCCCCCAGCAAACCGCUCGUUCGCUAUUGGCCUCUGCACACUCAUCAUGCAUGCUUUAGGCGAUGUGCCCUCUCCCAUCGUUGUUGGUGCGAUCCUUGACACCUUGGCUCCAGAUUGUGCUGCAGACAUGAAGAAAGACGGGAAAGUGUCCCCGGAAUGUACGGCUCAGGUUUCUCAAGUCCGUUUGACGUUAUUCAUUACGUGCAUGUGGCUCUUGGUUGCGAUUUUAUGCUGGGGAGUGGGUUAUGUUGUGGCCAGGAGAGAAUAUCACAGGCACCACGCGGCGCACCGUUACCUCUAUUUGGACUGUGGGUCUGUCGAAGGAGAAAAGAUGAGUCGGUCUGGC